AUGGUCCAGAUCAGUGAAGUCAAGGGCAACUCGCGCGAGAACCGGACCGCAGCGCACACCCAUAUCCGCGGGUUGGGCUUGCGCUCUGAUGGCACUUCGGAGAUUACAGGUGAUGGAUUCGUCGGGCAAGCAUCUGCCCGAGAGGCAUGCGGCGUGGUAGUCGACCUUAUCAAGGCUAAGAAGAUGGCUGGCCGAGCAGUCCUGCUUGCUGGUGGCCCCGGUACCGGAAAGACCGCACUUGCUCUUGCUGUAUCACAGGAGCUGGGAACAAAGGUUCCUUUCUGCCCGAUCGUCGGUAGCGAGAUCUACUCUGCGGAGGUCAAGAAGACAGAGGCUUUGAUGGAGAACUUCCGAAGGGCAAUUGGAUUGCGCGUUCGCGAAACCAAGGAGGUCUAUGAGGGUGAAGUGACCGAGCUCACCCCCGAGGAGACGGAGAACCCACUGGGUGGUUACGGCCGCACCAUCAGCCACCUGAUAAUUGGAUUGAAGUCCGCGAAGGGCACUAAGAAGCUUCGUCUGGACCCUAGCAUCUACGAGGCUAUCCAAAAGGAGCGCGUCACCGUCGGAGAUGUCAUCUAUAUCGAAUCCAACACCGGUGCGUGCAAGCGCGUUGGUCGUUCCGAUGCCUAUGCUACCGAGUUCGAUCUGGAGGCGGAGGAGUAUGUGCCCGUUCCCAAGGGCGAGGUUCACAAGAAGAAGGAGAUUGUGCAAGAUGUCACACUCCACGAUCUGGACAUGGCCAACGCCCGGCCGCAAGGUGGACAGGAUGUUAUGAGUAUGAUGGGCCAACUGAUGAAGCCCAAGAAGACCGAGAUCACAGACAAGCUGCGACAAGAGAUCAACAAGGUGGUCAACCGAUAUAUCGACCAGGGUGUGGCUGAGCUUGUCCCUGGUGUGCUCUUCAUUGAUGAGGUCCACAUGCUCGAUAUCGAGUGCUUCACAUAUCUGAACCGCGCUCUCGAGUCCACCAUCUCCCCUAUUGUCAUUCUUGCAUCCAACCGUGGUCACACUGUCAUCCGCGGCACCGACGAGAUCAGCGCCGCCCACGAGAUCAAGACUAUCAUCCGACUUCGUGCGAAGACGGAGGGCCUUAACAUCACCGAACCUGCGCUGGACAAGGUUGCCGAGCACGGUAGCAAGGUUUCCCUGCGGUACGCUUUGCAACUGUUGACUCCGGCCAGCAUUCUUGCUCGCAUUAACGGGCGACCUGGUGGAAUCGAGGUGGCCGAUGUUGCUGAGUGUGAAGAUCUGUUCCUAGAUGCGAAGCGUAGCGCUGCGAUCGUCCAACAGGAUGCCAGCAAAUUCCUUCUCUAG